AUGGGACUUAUUUCAUACGAAAAUGAGACAGCGAACGAAGAUAUAAGGAUAUAUGGCAAUCAUGUUAGCAAGUUUGUGGGUAGCUACUAUUCUUACAGUGGAUCUUCUUGGGAGUCGGGACGAUGGAUCUUGUUUGUAUUAUUCAUUGCUGCGAUAGUGUUUAUACUGUUUUUCACUUUUUUGGCUAAUAGGAGAAGACGAAGGAUGGGGCGUGCUCCUAUAAGAGGUACUGCGUGGUUAACUCCACCUUCAUACAGGCAGUCUCAGCAACAAUACACUGGGACUGUACAGCAGAGAACAGAUGACUAUGUUCCGGAAUAUACAGAAAGAGCAAACGAACAUGAUCUUGGUUACUAUGAUGAGAGGGGCGAAUUUCAUCCUAAUGACAAGGCCGCGUGUGUGGCACCUCCCCCAUUGGUACAAGAAUGUUCAUCAGAAUCUGCUAAUUCUUUACAAAGACCUCCCGCUGCUGUGGUUCAUCGAACUGCCUCUUCAGAGAUGGAGUACGAUUUGACAAGACCAAAUAAUGGGCGAGCUCCGGUUGUAGGUGACACCGUAGAGCAAUUGGAGAGCUUUCCAGGCGGAAAUGUAACGCAGGAACUUACCCCUCCGGGCAGGGCAAAAGUAAAUACAAAGUAA